UCCGCCAUUUUCUCUCCGUCAGCAGAUCAGAGCAGAAGCGUCGAGUUGAGCUCGUGUCGAACAGACUCUAUCAGAUCCUUACAAACUUCUGCCGGGCUUUAGAUAGCGAUGCCGGCCGAUCCGCUGCGUGUCGCGGUCGUGUGCUCCAGCAACCAGAACCGCAGUAUGGAAGCGCACAACAUCCUGAGCAAGCGAGGGUUUGACGUGCGUUCCUUCGGCACAGGGACUCAUGUGAAACUGCCUGGACCGGCUCCGGACAAACCCAACAUUUACGACUUUAAAACCACUUAUGAGCAGAUGUACAAUGACUUGGUGCGCAAAGACAAAGAACUAUACACACAGAAUGGCAUCUUACACAUGUUAGAACGAAACAAACGCAUUAAAAUCCGACCGGAGCGAUUCCAAAGCUGCAAGGAUCAGUUUGAUCUGGUCAUCACCUGUGAGGAGAGAGUUUAUGACCAGGUGGUGGAGGACCUAAACUCUCGUGAGCAGGAAACCUUUCAGCCUGUACACGUCAUAAAUGUGGACAUUCAGGAUAACCACGAGGAGGCCACACUGGGAGCGUUUCUCAUCUGUGAACUUUGCCAAUGUAUUCAACACACGGAUGAUAUGGAGAAUGAAAUCGAUGAACUUCUGCAGGAAUUUGAGGAGAAAAGCCACAGACCGUUUCUACACACCGUCUGUUUCUACUGACACACGCAUACAUUCAGCCCCCCUCACACUGAACACAGUCAGACCGGUUGCCAUGGCAGCAGAGUACAGGCAUGACAGUCGCUCAUUUACAUGCUAAGAGAGUCAUGUAAUACACACACACACGUACACGUAUAUAAAACAGUCAGGAUGAGAGCGUCUCUCUGUGUCGUGUCAGUCUCAGUACGGCACAAUGACUUGAAGGACAUCUGACUUUCUCUUCAUGUGUGUAUGAGGAUGCUAAGGGUUAAAUAUUAAUCAGCUGGAGAUGGACACAGAAUGGAUCUAACACUGAUUCUGUUAGGAGUUACAGAUCUGAUCUGUGUUCAGUACAUGGCAGCCAGUCUCAAAACCCUUAAAGGGACAGUUCACCCCAAAAUUAACAUCAUUACCCUCAUGUUGUUCCAAACCUGUAUACAUUUAUUUGCUCAAAACAUCUUCCUUUGUGUUCAGCUUGUAACCAAACCGUUUUUGAGCACCACUGACUUCAAUAGUAAUAUUUCCUACUAUGGAAGUCAAUGGUGCUUCAGUUUUCUGCUUCAUUACAAACAUCUUCAUCAGAACAAAGACAUGAAUACAGGUUUGUAACAACAUGAGGGGGAAUACGUUUUGGGGUGAACUGUCCCUUUAACACGUUCGGUGUCAAUGAGUGACCCAUCAGUUGGUAUCUUGCAGAUCAUUUUGUAAUUCCAGAGGGCUUUUUUUAACUGGGCUAUCAGAUAUCUUGUGUUUGAGUUUUUACUCUGGAUGUGAAUAUAUAUAUAUAUAUAUAUAUAUUUUGAAUUUCUUUCACGGUUACUUAAACAUGAACUUGAAAUGCGAGAUUUAAGUUUUUUUUUUCUUUAAUUUUGUAAAUGAAAGUAAGUUUGUGUAAUUGUAUCUGACUCAGCCCAGAGUGCCUGAUAUUAUUAUUAUUCUUGUAAAUAUUGCGCUAUAUAUGAAAGAAUGAAUGAAUGAAUAAAAGCGUCAAUGAA